GCCGAGUCCGCCGCCAGCGACCUCGUCAAGCCCAAGUACGAGCGGCAGCUGCUCUCGGAGUACGGCCGCAUCAAGCAGAGGAACCCCAGCCACGCGGGCCCCGCGCCGGCCGACGCCGCCAACAGGCUCUCCUCGGGCUCCACCUCCUCCUCCGCCUCCUUCAAGAGCUUCAAAGACACGCCCAGCAACAGCAACCGGGACAGCUCGCUGUUCAACAGCUACCGAGAUAGUUCGGUGUCGUCCAUGCCGUACAACAGCAACAGGGACAGUUUGGUGUCGUCGUCGUCCUACAACACCAAUCGAGACAGCACCCUUUCUUCUUCAUCCUACGCCAGCAAUCGAGACUCGUUCAACGCGCCACUGAAAAGUAACGGAGACGUCAAGAGUUCUCGCCCGUACAACUACACCGACAACGGCGUUGAUUCCACAUCUUACAAAGCCAACCGAGACAACAGCGUCUCGUCUUCUUCUUCAUACAGCAACCGCGACAAGGCAGGGUUUUCCGCGCCCUACAAGAGCAACCGCGACCAUUCGGUGUCUUCGACGUCGUCGUACAGCAACGGGGUGUCUUCCUCGUCGCACGGCAAGUCGCGGGAGCCGUCUUCGGUGAGCUCGUCGUCCACCGUGCGCGAGCCGCUGUACUCGUCGUCGGCCUUCGACAGCCAGACGGCGGCCACCACGCGCGAGGCGCUGCUGUCGAGCCGCAGCCGCGACGGCAGCGACCCCAGAGGGUCCACGUCGUCGUUGACGGCGUCCGCCGCC